AUGGCGGUUGAAAAGAUCCUAAACCAUCCCAGUGUACGAGUUCGCAAUAGGGAUGCAGUGAUAGCGAAAUUGAAUGCUAUAUUAGAAGGCGGUAAUGAGCAACUAGCGGUAAUAUCCGACUUUGACUUCACAUUGACUAGAUCAAUGGACGAGAAGGGUGAACGCUGUUUGGGAAGUCAUGCAGUGGUGAAUCACCUCCUCUUAUCACUCCAUCCAGAAUUAGAAGAAGAGGUAACGGCUGUAAAUGCGAAAUACUUAGCUAUAGAAUAUGAUCCGCAUCUGACUAAGGAGGAGAAGGUUCCAUACAUGGUUGAAUGGUGGACGAAAGCUCACGAAAACUACAUUACAUUCGGAAUUCAUCGCGACGAUAUUGAAAACAUUGUGAGAGAUGUACACAUUAAGCUAAGAGAUGGCGCAAAUGACAUGAUGAAGCACCUUGAGACUGCAUCAAUCCCAUUAUUGCUGUUCUCCGCUGGUGUAGGUAACGUCAUUGAAGCAUUUCUCCGACAUGAGCUAGGAUCAAUACCGAAAAAUAUUCACAUUAUCUCGAAUACAUUAUCUUUUGAUGAGAAGGGCCUUGUUAACGCUUGUUCUGAGCCAUUGAUACAUGUGUUCUGUAAAGAUUCGUCUGUGAUUCCCCAUGAUGCUCCAUUCUUCGAUGAUAUUGCCAACCGUGGAAAUGUUCUCCUACUUGGUGAUAGCCUUGGAGAUCUACAUAUGGACGUAGGAGUAGAUCACAGUGGAACAGUUCUACGAAUAGGAUAUCUAAAUGGCAACGCUGAUAAACUGCUGGAUCUGUACUUGGAUGGAUUUGAUAUAGUGCUCAUAGAAGAUCAAACUAUGGAUGUCCCAGAUCUCAUUUUACAAGCUCUUGUUAAACGCUGCUAG